AGUCCAGAAAUGGUCGCAAUCACCGAUGAUAAAAAUACGGCAACAAACAAAGCUUAGGAAAAUGAACUUCACAGUCACAAUACAAAAAUCAUCUCUUCAACUUCAAACCACACUUCGCCAUUAAAGCCCUCUCUCUCUUUUUAUCUCCAGAUCUUUCAUUCUUCCCUUUUAACCUCCAUUAAAAUGCUCUCUUCACAUCUAAUACCUUCGAAAAACCCUCUUUCCACCAACCCCACUUCCCCUUUUUCCCCAUUAUACCCAAAUCUCCUCUCAACCGUCCGAUCGAAAUUCCCCUAUCGCCCCCAUAUCGCCACCUUCGCCUCCGUUCAUGGCGUCUCUUCAAAACCCACCUCCCAGACUCUCAAUCCAAUCCUCAAACCGAGGCAAUUCUGCAAAAAUCCUGUAAACCCAUUUGGGUGUCUUCCUUCCAAGUCUAACUCCCAUGUCCCCGCUGCCGCUGCCGCAGAUGGCGGCGAUACCACCGCUGAUUCCGCCCCCAACAGCAAAAAAUUUCAGCUAGCCAUCGUCUUUGGGCUCUGGUAUUUUCAGAACAUCGUCUUCAAUAUCUAUAACAAGAAGGUUCUUAACAUUUUCCCUUUCCCAUGGCUUCUCGCUUCGUUUCAACUCUUCGCUGGAUCUGUUUGGAUGCUUGUUCUCUGGUCCUUUAAGCUUCAGCCAUGUCCUAAAAUCUCCAAGCCCUUUCUAAUCGCUCUCCUCGGCCCUGCUUUAUUUCACACAAUCGGCCAUAUCUCCGCUUGUGUUUCGUUCUCUAAAGUCGCUGUUUCUUUCACUCAUGUCAUUAAAUCGGCCGAACCAGUGUUCUCGGUUCUGUUCUCCUCGUUCCUCGGCGAUUCGUACCCAAUCCAGGUCUGGCUCUCGAUUCUCCCCAUUGUUUUUGGUUGCUCUCUAGCUGCCAUUACUGAAGCUACCUUCAAUUUCGAAGGUCUCUCAGGCGCUAUGAUCAGUAAUGUAGGGUUUGUAUUAAGAAACAUUUACUCUAAAAGGAGCUUGCAGAACUUCAAAGAGGUUAAUGGGUUGAAUUUAUAUGGUUGGAUUAGUAUAAUUUCUUUGUUGUAUCUGUUUCCUGUGGCCAUUUUCGUUGAAGGGUCAAAAUGGGUUCAGGGAUAUCAUCAAGCAAUUGCUUCCAUUGGAAAUGCUUCAACAUUAUAUAUCUGGGUCUUGAUUUCUGGAAUCUUUUAUCAUCUUUAUAAUCAAUCUUCUUACCAAGCUUUAGAUGAAAUCAGUCCUUUGACAUUCUCUGUUGGUAAUACAAUGAAGAGAGUGGUUGUGAUUGUGGCUUCUGUGUUGGUUUUUAGAAAUCCAGUUAGGCCUUUGAAUGCUGUUGGUUCUGCCAUUGCCAUUUUUGGGACUUUUCUGUAUUCUCAGGCAACAAGUAAAAAGAGUUCUAAGAAGAUUGAGGAAGGUGAAGAAAAGAAGGAUUGAGGAAUGGAAUAAGAAGGAUAUCGUUUGGCUUGGAAUUUGGAUGGAAAUGAAUUCCUUUUUUUUUUUGCUCUUCUGCCUGAAUUUUUCUGUUUGUUGUUUUCUUGUUUAGUUCAGAAAUGGUUAAUCAAAUCAAGAUGUUGUUGUCA